AUGCUGAUCAGCUGGUUACUGCGCUUGCCCCGUAUAGGUCCUCCAACACAUAGAGCGAAAGAGUUCUGGAGCUUAUGUGGUAAUGCGCUCACACCCAAACGUGGCGUAUUUGGAAAAACGGGCGACCUGCAGACCAUCCUGUGCCUGGCCUGUGCCAAGGACGAGGUCACCUACUCCGGAGCCCUGAACGGGGACAUCUAUGUGUGGAAAGGAAUCAAUCUGAUGAGGACAGUCCAGGGGGCGCAUGGGUCAGGGAUUUUCAGCAUGAACGCCUGCGAAGAGGGCUUUGCCACCGGGGGCCGAGACGGAUGUGUGCGGCUGUGGGAUCUCAACUUCAAGCCAAUUACUGUCAUUGAUCUCAGGGAAACAGACCAAGGUUAUAAAGGGCUGUCGGUGCGCAGCGUGUGUUGGCGAGGAGACCACAUCCUUGUCGGCACUCAGGACAGUGAGAUCUUUGAGAUAGUGGUCCACGAUCGCAACAAACCAUUCCUCAUCAUGCAGGGUCACUGUGAGGGCGAGCUGUGGGCGCUGGCUGUGCACCCAAACAAGCCCUUAGCCAUGACGGGGAGUGACGACCGCUCAGUCAGAAUAUGGAGCUUGAUUGACCACGCACUAAUAGCGCGCUGUAACAUGGAGGAGCCCAUCCGCUGCGCAGCUGUGAGCACCGACGGCAUCCAUUUGGCGCUGGGAAUGAAAGAUGGCUCCUUCACCGUCCUCCGAGUCAGAGAUAUGACAGAAGUGGUGCACAUCAAGGACAGGAAGGAGGCAAUUCACGAGCUCAAAUACUCUCCCGAUGGGACCCACUUGGCGGUGGGCUCCAAUGAUAACUCGGUGGACAUCUAUGGUGUGGUGCAGAGAUAUAAGAAAGUGGGCGAGUGCAUCAGCUCCAGCAGCUUUAUAACGCAUAUGGACUGGUCGACGGACAGCAAGUACUUACAGACCAACGAUGGUGGUGGGAGAAGACUUUUCUACCGGAUGCCAAGUGGGAAGGAGGUGUCCAACAGGGAGGAGCUGAAGCUGGUGCAGUGGGCAUCCUGGACUUGUGUGCUGGGGCCAGAGGUCAAUGGAAUAUGGCCUAAAUAUUCCGAUAUAAACGACAUCAACUCUGUAGAUGCCAAUUUCAACAAUCAAGUAUUAGUGACCGCAGAUGAUUAUGGACUUGUCAAACUGUUACGAUAUCCCUGCAUCAAAAAAGGUGCAAAGUGUAAAAGGUAUUUAGGUCAUUCGGCGCACAUAACCAACGCAAGAUGGUCGCACGAUUACCAGUGGGUCAUAACUAUAGGUGGCGCGGAUCAUUCUGUGUUUCAAUGGAAAUUUAUCCCAGAACGGAAAACAAAAGAGACUCUUCAUAUAGCACCGCAAGAGACUUUGGCGGACUCCAAUAGUGAGGAGUCAGAUUCAGAUCAGUCCGAUGUUCCUGAGAUGGACUCAGAAAUUGAACAGGAAACCCAGCUCACUUACCGAAGACAGGUUUAUAAAGAAGAUCUACCUCAGCUCAAAGAGCAAUCCAAAGAGAAGCAACGAGCACUGCCAAUGAAAAAACGGGAGCGGGCACCGGGAAGCGGAGUGAAGCUUCACUUUAUCCAUGGGUACAGGGGCUACGACUGCCGUAGUAACCUGUUCUACACGCAAACUGGAGAGAUCGUCUACCACGUGGCCGCAGUGGGAGUGAUCUACAACCGUCAGCAGAACACCCAGCGCUUUUACAUGGGCCACAACGACGACAUCCUCUGCCUCGCCAUCCACCCGCUCAAAGACUUUGUUGCCACUGGACAGGUUGGCAGAGACUCCUCCAUCCACAUAUGGGACACAGAAACACUGAAAGCUCUGUCGGUGCUGAAGGGGUUCCACCAGAUCGGAGUGUGUGCCUUGGACUUUUCAGCUGAUGGCAAGAGGCUGGCUUCAGUGGGAUUGGACGACAAUCACACCAUUGUGCUCUGGGACUGGAGGAAGGGAGAAAAGCUCUCUGCCAUGAGAGGGAGCAAGGACAAGAUAUUUGUGGUAAAAAUCAACCCGUACCUGCCUGACAAGCUGAUCACCGCUGGCGUGAAGCAUAUCAAAUUCUGGCAUAAAGCGGGUGGCGGUUUGAUCGGACGCAAAGGGAACAUGGGGAAGACGGAGACCAUGAUGUGUGCAGUGUACGGCUGGUCGGAGGAGAUGGUGUUUUCCGGGACGUGUAGCGGCGACAUUUGCAUUUGGAGAGACAUGUUUCUGAUGAAGACUGUCAAAGCUCACGACGGCCCUGUCUUCAGCAUGCACGCGCUGGAAAAGGGGUUCGUGACGGGUGGAAAAGAUGGUAUUGUUGCUUUAUGGGACGACACGUUCGAGAGGUGCCUAAAGACAUAUGCCAUUAAGAGGGCCGUCCUCGCGCCUGGCUCUAAAGGGUUGCUUUUGGAAGACAACCCAUCCAUACGUGCCAUAUCCCUGGGCCAUGGACACAUCUUAGUGGGAACAAAGAAUGGAGAAAUUCUGGAAGUGGACAAAAGUGGCCCUAUCACUCUGCUGGUCCAGGGUCACAUGGAGGGUGAAGUGUGGGGCCUGGCCACUCAUCCCCAUCUCCCGCUCUGUGCCACAGUCAGCGAUGACAAAACCCUCCGCAUCUGGGACCUCUCCCCGAGCCACUGCAUGCUAGCCGUCCGCAAACUCAGGAAAGGAGGCCGCUGCUGCUGCUUCUCCCCCGACGGAAAGGCUUUGGCUGUGGGUCUGAACGACGGCAGCUUCCUUAUCGUGAACGCAGACACCCUGGAGGACCUGGUGUCUUUCCACCACCGCAAAGACUUUAUCACAGAAAUCAAAUUCUCACCAGGUGUUGGGAAGUAUCUCGCCGUAGCAUCUGCAGACACAUUUGUGGAUAUUUAUAAUGUUAUGAGCAGCAAACGUGUUGGAGUUUGCAAAGGUUGUCACAGCUACAUCACCCAUUUGGACUGGGACAGGAGAGGAAAACUACUUCAGGUCAAUACAAAUGCAAAGGAGCAAUUCUUCUUUGAAGCCCCUCGUGGAAAGAGACAAACCAUUCCAUCUACAGAAGUGGAGAAAGUCGACUGGAGUACGUGGACGUGUGUCCUGGGACCAUCUGUUGAGGGCAUCUGGCCUGUUAUCAGUGAGGUCACUGAGGUGACCUCUACCUGCCUUAGUAAUGACCGUAAGGUGCUAGCAACAGGAGAUGACUUAGGAUAUGUGAAGCUCUUCCGAUAUUCAGUCAAGGGCAAAUAUGCAAAGUUCAAGCGGUAUGUGGCCCACAGUACUCAUGUCACCAAUGUGAGGUGGAGUCACGACGACAGCCUCCUGGUGACAGUGGGCGGGUCUGACAUGUGCCUCAUGAUCUGGGCCCAUGAGCCUGAGGGCCGCCGAGAGAUCCGGCAGUGUGACAGCGAGGAGUCCGACAUCGACAGCGAGGAUGAUGGAGGCUACGACAGUGAUGUGACAAGAGAAAACGAGAUCACCUACACCAUCAAAGCCUUAUCCACAAACAUGCGGCCCAUGAGUGGAGUAAAACCUCACCAACAACUCAAAGAACCCACUGUCGAUGAAAGACAAGGUGUGGUCAGGGGAUCAAGCCCAACUGUCCAUUUCAGGCCUCCUGUUAGCAGAGCGCUUCCUCAUCCUGAGAAGCUGCAGACAAACAACGUGGGCAAAAAGAAAAGGCCUAUUGAGGACCUGGUGUUGGAGUUAGUAUUUGGUUACCGUGGUAACGAUUGCCGCAAUAAUGUGCACUACCUAAACGACGGGGUGGACAUCAUCUACCACACGGCCUCCGUCGGCAUCGUCCUCAACCUUACGACAUCUUGCCAAAGUUUUUAUGUUGAACACAGUGAUGACAUUUUGUGCCUGACAAUCAAUCAACAUCCCAAAUUCCCCAAUGUGGUGGCAACUGGCCAAGUAGGUGACACAGGUGACAUGUCAGCCACUUCUCCCUCCAUCCACGUGUGGGACGCCAUGACCAAGCAGACUCUGUCAGUUCUGCGCUGUUACCACUCGGGGGGAGUCUGCUCCGUCAGCUUCAGUGCCACAGGAAAACUGCUGUUGUCUGUGGGGCUGGAUCCCGAACACACCGUGACCAUCUGGAAGUGGCAAGAAGGUGCCAAAGUGGCCAGCCACAUCGGUCACACUCAGAGGAUCUUUGUGGGAGAGUUUCGACCAGAUUCCGACACACACUUUGUGUCUGUGGGCAUCAAGCAUGUGCGCUUCUGGACGCUGGCUGGACGAGCCUUACUCAGCAAGAAGGGCGUGAUGAGCUCCAUAGAGGACGCACGGAUGCAAACCAUGCUCUCUGUUGCAUUCGGAGCCAACAACUUGACCUUUACCGGUACCAUAAGUGGAGAUGUGUGUGUGUGGAAGGAACACAUCUUGGUCAGAGUAGUGGCAAAGGCUCACACAGGCCCAGUCUUCACCAUGUACACCACCCUCAGAGACGGACUCAUCGUCACUGGAGGCAAAGAGCGACCGUCAAAAGAGGGAGGGGCUUUGAAGCUGUGGGACCAGGAGCUGAAACGUUGUCGAGCAUUUCGUUUGGAGACAGGACAAAUCAUAGACUGUGUCCGAUCAGUGUGCAGAGGAAAGGGGAAAAUCCUUGUGGGAACGAGAAAUGCGGAGAUCAUUGAAGUCGGAGAGAAGAAUGCAGCUUGUAACAUCCUGGUGAAUGGCCACAUGGAUGGACCCAUAUGGGGACUUGGGACACACCCCUCUCGAGACGUGUUUCUGUCUGCUGCAGAGGAUGGGACCGUUCGCCUGUGGGACAUCCCAGAGAAGAAAAUGCUGAAUAAGGUGAACCUGGGCCACCCUGCACACACGAUCAGCUACAGUCCAGAGGGCGACAUGGUGGCCAUAGGGAUGAAGAAUGGGGAGUUCAUCAUCUUACUUGUGGCCUCACUUAAAAUAUGGGGCAAGAAAAGAGAUAGACGUUCCCCAAUCCAGGAUAUCAGGUUCAGUCCUAACUCCCGUUACCUGGCAGUGGGUUCGAAUGAGAGCGCUGUGGACUUCUACGACCUGUCACUGGGCCCACAACUGAACCGCAUUAACUGCUGCAGAGACAUCCCCAGUUUUGUCAUGCAGAUGGACUUCUCUGCUGACAGCUUGUACAUUCAGAUAUCUACUGGUGCUUACAAACGUUUGGUGUAUGAAGUACCGACUGGGAAGCAGAUCACAGAACAGACACAGAUGGACAGAAUCACCUGGGCCUCUUGGACAAGCGUUCUGGGAGAUGAGGUCAUUGGAAUUUGGUCCAGAAACACUGACAAAGCUGACGUAACAUGUGCCUGUGUGUCACACUCAGGCCUUAACAUUGUGACUGGUGAUGACUUUGGGAUGGUUAAGCUCUUUGACUUUCCCUGUCCAGAGAAGUUUGCCAAACACAAACGUUUCUUGGGGCAUUCUGCUCACUUGACAAACGUACGCUUCACAAACGGAGAUCAUUUUGUGGUCAGCGCUGGAGGAGAUGAUAGAAGCCUCUUCGUUUGGAGAUGUGUCCACGCUCCUCACUGA